UGCAAAAGAACCGAGAUCCGGCGCUUGAUUCCAGAGAUGGCGGUACGGUCAAUAUGGCCUGUUCUAGUAAUUACCUUAACGCUUGACCCAGCUGCGUGCGCGAAAUUCGAGUACUGCGGCCGAAAGCCUGGUGUCGUGACCGCAUCCCGUGGAGCAGCGUUGGCUACCAAAUAUAUCCGGAAGUGCGGGAAGGACAUCAUUUUGGGCUACCCUUGGACGACGUCCAACAUGAUUAAGAUCGCUGGAAAAUGUUGCCUGGCUGUACAUAUAUGCUAUGAAUAUCACAAAGAGAAAAAACAUCAGGAUGUACAAGUUUUCAGAACAGCCAUACGGCAGUGCUUGGUGGAGGGAUCGCUGGCUCUGUACGCAAUAAAACCUGAAGCUUUCUCCAUUCCUCAAGAAGAGUUCAGGUCAAUGAUGCAACAUUUCAACGACAAGCGCAAGUUUGAAGAAGCAAUCCGGAGCGAAGAACUCGCUCCCCAACUCUGGGCCGUCCAGCAGGUCCACGACGCCGCCAGGAAACUCAACAUCCCGGUUCCGUCGUGGGAGACGCCCACUCCAUGA